GUACCGAAUGUAUAGGAAAAAGUCAGACGACAGGCUUUCCUUCCCUCAUCACAAUCUUCUCAGCUCCAAACUAUCUAGAUGUCUAUAACAACAAGGCUGCAGUGCUGAAGUACGAGAACAACGUGAUGAACAUCCGACAGUUCAACUGCUCUCCUCACCCGUAUUGGCUGCCCAACUUCAUGGAUGUCUUCACCUGGUCACUGCCGUUUGUUGGAGAGAAAGUGACGGAGAUGUUGGUGAACGUGCUGAACAUCUGCUCGGACGACGAACUUAUGUCAGAUGGAGACGACGCAUUAGAAGAAGGUACGUCAUCAUUUUGUACAUUGCAAUUAUCUUAUAAUACGCAUACUGGGUUAUAUUUAUUUUGGUUAUAUGUAUUUUGCCUUAAACGAUCAUUAAUAUAUUUACUUUUAUAAAAUAGUAGCAAAAUA